AGGAAUAACACGGUUAAUACAAAUAUGAAACGUGUAGGAUAUUGGAUGAGUCAAAAGAAAAAUAAAAGACUCAAUUUAGAAGAUCACAAAGAAAUAUUCAGAAAUGCUGGUAUAGAUCUUGUAAAAUUUGAUAUAGACCAGCCACUAACAGAGCAGGGACCAUUUGAUUUGAUUCUACAUAAAUGUACGGGGUUGAUGGUAGCUGCCAAAGAUGGGGACCUUACUGCUGAGUGUCAAAUAAAUAAUAUAAAGGAUUACAUUGAGAAGAAUCCCAGUUGUAUAAUAGUAGAUAAGUUUGAGCAUAUAAAUCACUUAUUAGAUAGAAAUUACCAGUAUCAGUUGUUACUACAGUGCCAUUUAUUAGAUUCUGAUUCUCCUGUUUUUACCCCUUCCUUUGUAAAUUUGACUACAGCUGAUACACAGAGCAACAUACACAAGUUAAGGGAAGCCAAUGUUACCUAUCCUUUUGUAUGCAAACCUAUAGUUGCUCAUGGGAAGAAAGAAUCGCAUCAGAUGUCAAUUAUAUUUGAUGACUAUGGUUUAACUGAUAUUCAGCCUCCAUGUGUUGCCCAGUCUUUCAUUAACCACAGUGCAGUUCUAUAUAAAGUUUUCAUCAUUGGUGAUCAGCAGUUUAUAGUUGAAAGACCAUCAAUCAAAAAUUUGUUACCAAGGGGCCAAGCUACAAUUCACUUUGAUAGUAAUGAUGUUUCAAAGCCAAACAGUUCCAGUUUUUUGACUGAAUUGGACCAAGAAGAUGUCAGUAAAAUUCCAUUUACUCCUGAUUAUGAAAGAUUAAGAGAAACAGGUCUUAUAAUACAGCGACAGCUAAAAAUGGAUUUAUUUGGAAUUGAUGUUAUAGUUGAUUGUGAUAGUGGGAGAUAUGCUGUGAUAGACAUAAAUGCAUUUCCAGGAUAUGAAGGUGUUGACAACUUUGUUGAAGUAUUAUGCAAUCAUCUCCUCAAUCGAAUGUCCUGUAACGAAACUGUUUCCAGUGAUGCUGAACAAUAUUCUGAUGCUGAAAAACAGGACCAAAAUAAACCUAAAAGAUUAAAAGUUUGUAGUGAGCAUUGUAUGAUGUAUAAAUGUCAGAAAGAACCCAGAAACACAGAAGGCUUUUGUUAUAGUUCUGACAGCAUGACAUCAGAUGCUGAGAGCCAGGAUGAAACACCAUGGAAACAGCCAAUCAAACGUUGUUCUAAACAUUGCCAAAAACAGUGACCUCUUUUCCAGGGCAUUAUAAUAUAUCACAUAGUCAUUUAAAAUAGACUUUUUACAAGUUUUAUUAGUUGAAUCUGUUAUUUUUCAUUUUUUUCUUAUGAUGUUCUAAUACAGUAUAUCAACUUAAGUAUGUUAUCUUUUGUACAAGUUAACAAUUUUACCAAUCAGAAAAAAUUUCAGGAAAAAAAAUGAAAUAUAAUUUUAUCAUGAUUAAAUUAAGUAUUUACUUUUUAUUUAAAAGAAGUAUUCAUCAGUAUGUUAUUUUGUAUCAUUCUUAUAUUUUCAAUGCUUUUUGCUAUAGGUUAGGAUCUCUUUCAGCAAUAGGCUAGGAUCUAUAUAAUUCAUAGACAAGGAUCUCUAUUAAUCAAAGGCUUGCAUAUGAAUUGUUCCCUUCAUAAAAAGGCAAAAGAUAGAAAAAGUGUGUUUUCAAUUUCAAAACUAUCUUACAUAUAGUUUUAAAUUCUCUUGACUGAAUUUUUAUCUAAAAACUUAUAGAUCUGAACAUUAUUGGUUUAAAUAGAUAUUAAAUUAAUAGGUAAAAUGUUAAUUCAAUUUACCUACCGGUAAUUAUUUUUUACACAUUAAAUAUUAAGCUCACAUAGGGAGAAUAAUAUAUAUGAAAGCUUUAUGUAGAGAAACAAUAAAUCUGGUUCUUGAUACAAUACAAUCGAUUCUUAGAUUAUUUUAAUAUCAUGUGAAAAUUACAGAGAAAAUAAUUUAUAUACUGAAACUUAUAACAAGUUGUUUGUCAACAGUAUUCAGGACUUGACUUUUUUAUAGCAAUAAAGUCCACGUAUUUAUGCUGCUGCUUUAUAAGGCCAAUCAUUAUCUGAUUUUUGUUAUUGCAAUUAAGCAAUGUUAGGCAAAUAAUAGACGUAUUUACACUUGUAUGCAAUUUUGUCCGCCAUUGCGUAAAAUCACACAGGUUCCCGUAAACUUUGACAUCAUAAUUCAAAACACUUGACUUCACAAUUAAAAAGUGAUAGUUGCUUGAUGUCAAAAAGGUGAUUCGGAGUAGAACUAAGGUCAUUCGGAGGCAAAAUACAGCUCAAUAGCAAAAGUGUAAAUACGUUUAUCAUCUGACAGUAUUUUAGUUGAAAUUUAGCAUUUUAAGUUAAAUAAUCAUCUGACAGUAUUUGUGUUGCAAUUCAGCUUUUUUAGUUUGCUCAAAUUUAGCCACUGUUUUGGAAUUUUUGAUAUUUUUGUAAUUAAAAAUUGCUGAACACAAAAUCAAUGUUCUAUUUAUUAAGAAAAGAAAACUAACACCAGUAAUCUGAACUAAAGGAUAGACAUACUAAUGGAGGGUUUUCUAGUUUGCUAUUAUGAUUAAAUAAAUGAUUUGAAAGUUUUAAAAAUCAUAGUAAUAUUUGAUAAGAUAUUUGUAAGCUUAACAUCAACAAGGGAAAUAAUAAUAAAGCACAUUUUUAAUAGGUGUUCUUCAUCUAGAAGCUCAACCAGAGUGUAUACUUUCUUUUGUUUAACUUGUUUCAGUUAUUUUCUGGGUUUGUACUGACAAUUUAUCAUAUUGAUCAACUGUAUGGAUACACUACUUUUGAAAAGCAGGAAAAUGAUAAACAUUCUUUAAGCAAUCAGAAGAUGGUUUUAAAUUAUGAAAACAUAUUGAUGAUAAAAAACACUGUAGAUUCAUCUAUAUUCGUGGGUAACAAUUUUGGAGGAUUACACAAAACUUGCAUGUUCAUGGAUAAUUAACUUCAUGGUUUUGCUGAAGUCAGCAUACAAGCCUAAAGAAAAUGUGUCAUUCGUUAAAGAGUUAAUGUUUUGGUUAACCUGUAUCCAUGAAAUCCACGAAAAUUGGUAUCCAACGAAUAUAAAUGAAUCCACAGUAAUUACAGUAGAUUUUUUUUUUAUAGAACUCCAAAAAUUGUCACUAACUGCUUAAGGGGAUAAACUUGGACUGUAUUCCAUUAAUUCUUCUUUAAAACUCAUCUCGCAUAUCACAGAUCACGUUCUUGUACAUAAAAGUGCAGAAAAAACAUUAUCUGUAAUUUUCUUAUAUAUACUAACGUUAAAUUUGUUUUAGCCAUUUACAUAUAUUUGUCUAUAACAUGUGACAGAAUGACCUUUGUCAGGUUUAUAUUAAUAAAUAGUUUUUUUUUAAACAUAUAGAUUAAGACAUAUAAUCAAAUUUCCUGAUGCCCUUAAACUAUUUUGAUAUCUGAGAGGAAGACAUACUAUACAUAAAUGUCAUAUUAGGGAUACAAGCUUAUGUAUGUUUGUAGGCAUUACUAUAUCAAUUGUUAUUUCAGGGAUUUCAAAUGUUUCUAGUCUUUACUAAGGGCAAACAUUAAAUGAAAAGGAUAUCAGGGCAGGCAAUAUAAAAAACACCAGAUGAGAUGCCAACUUAAUUCGUUAGCAGAUUUGAAUAUUUUGAUGUCCUAGUGGUUUAAAACUGAUUGUCUCUAUAUCACACAAAUAUAUAUGUAUUUUUGCAUAUAAAUAUCAUGGUGUAUUAUAUUUCUUUUUUAUUUCUAAAUUAAAAUGGUCUGUAUAUCUUGGUUAGUGUUGUAUAUAGAAUUGUAUGAUAUUAGAUACAUAUAAUAUGCAAAACUGCUGCACAUUUUUUUCUAUAAUAAUGUGAUCUAUUUUUAUAUUUUAAAAGUAGGGCAUGCUGUCAUGCACACUGUUGAUUUUUUUACGUCUGUUAUGAAGAAAGCAUUCUUGAAUAUGUGAUAAUUGAAUACUUUGAGAAUACUUUACGAUAUAGAACACAACUGUUCUGUUAGAUACAAUAUUUUAAGGUAAAAGCUAUGCUUUCUCACAAGUUGAAUAAAAUCAGUGUAAAGAAUUUUUGUAUGAUAUAACUAAAGAAAUGACUGUAAUAUUUUUUUCUGUCUAUGAAGAAAUAACAAAAAAAAUAUGGUGCACACUGCUGGUUAAAAAUAUUUUUAUGUUAUUUAAAUAGACAGAAAAAUAUAACAGUCAUUUCUUAUAAUUUAAUUCUAAAUUUGAUUUUAAACCGGUGUAUAUCAUGAAAAAAUGUUGAUGACACCAGGGUCGCAUUACAAAAUUGUCUAUGAGAAGAUAAACAAAACACUGUCAGCCAAUCAGAAGACAUGUUACAUCCAAAAUUAAAUUAUUGAUUCUUACACUAAUUUUUAGACAUUUCUUGUGUAGCAAUUGAAUACAUUAUAGAUAUUCUCAUUUGUGAAAUAUAAUUUUUUUCAAAAUGCAAAGUUUGAAUAUUUUACAUUGCAAUUUAACCCAGAGUUGAUCAUAGUUUGUGCAAAGUGAUGUGUAUUUAUGCAACUUGGACUCAUUUAAGUUAAACUAAUUUGACACCUUAUCUAUCAAAAAACAUCUUUCAGAUGUUCACAAGACAUUUAAAUUUUUUUUUAGAUAUCUGUAAUUAUUUUUUUUGAAUUUCAUCUUUCAUAUGUUUUGUAGGCCUUCAGAGAGAUGUACUAUUUGAAAAACUAUCAUGUAGAACACUGUUAAGAUUAGGCGAUUUCUAAACCUUAUCACAAAACAUUAACAAAAACUACAGCUUAUAUGUGAUGACUAGAUUUGAAUAAACACCUUUUUUCUGAUUUGCUCGAUCAUAUUGUAAAAAAAAUUAAAAAUAUUUGUGAUAUUUUUCAAAUUAGCUCAUUUCUAUUAUGACAUGUUUAUGAGUUUAAAGAGGCAAUACAAAUGACUUGUGCAUUAAAGUAUCCAUUAAACUCUUACAUCAGUAAAAGUAACUUAGUUUUGAAAGGAUUGAAUAAUUUUUACUACUUCUGAAAAUUCUGAGGCAAAAUGAAGGCACUGAUCUUCCUUCUGUUUCACAUUUGAGACAAUAUUUUGGAUAAUAUGCAAUAGUUUAUGUAAUCAUUUACAAAUUUAACAUCAUAAUGAAUCAGAGGGACCAAUUACUAUUAUUAUAAGUGGUUAUUGUCAUUUUGUUUUGAGAUGUUCCCUUUUCUUCAAACAGUAUGUGGGUUAAUAGCCAAUAGGAAUAUGAUAAUAACAUCAGGAAGGCAAAAUCACCUAUUACUACUUUUAUCACUUUAUUAUUGUUAAUUAACUGAACAAAACUGAUAUUUGCAAUUAAUAUACAUUUAAAUAAAGGAGGUAUUGUAAUACAGAUCUAUAAUUUUUCUUUAUUUACCUGCGAUUUAAACACCUUGCAUUCAGAAUAGUAGAGUUGUUAAUGACAUACAGUUAUUUUUGUCCUGGUUUACAUUUAAUGCAGUUAUUUUUGUCCUGGUUUACAUUUAAUGCAGUUAUUUUUGGUCGGUUUACAUGUACUGCAGUUCUUUUUUUCCUGGUUACAUUUACUCAUUUAUUUUUUUCACUGAAUUAAAUCUAAUGCAGAUACUGUGAUCAUUGGCUAGAGAGUCUGAAAACUGUAUACUAUUCGAUUUGGUAAUGAGGGUUUCUGAAAACUUUUUUCCAUCCUCUUUCAACUUAGGAAAAAAGAGUAGGCACUUCAUUAGUAGAAAAAAUAUUGUGAUCUCAAAAUGUAGCAAAUCUAGUUUACAUAAAGUAAAAGGUACUUUAGGGUUGACAACCCACUUCAUCUCAAAAUAUUGAGUUUUCAAUUAUCAAUUUUUUUGAUAACAGUCUUCUUUUUUAAAAUUUAUGCCUGUGUUUUUAAAUCAUGGGUAGUCCUGCUGUUUUCUAAGAAAAAAAGUAUUAUUUAAAUGUGACUUUUAACAUUAAUUUAAUUGCAAAAUGAAAAGUCAUGGCAAUUGGUGGGAAUAAUAUUUAUGAAAACAAAACAAUAUAUUUGUAAAUUUGAUUUUUAAAUGUUUAAAAGUAUAUCUUAUAAAGAUAUAAACUUUUGAUUUAAAAUUGUACUUAUUAGUCUGGUAUAAUGGUAUUUUAAUAACAGUGACCCUAAAAUAUUUAUAUUGAGGUUAUGAAAGUUGUAUUGACCUUGAAUAAACAAAGACAUUUUAGUCCAUACAAUGUAAUACUCAAUUUAGAGGUACAUUGUAUUUAAAGUGCACAUAUGAUCAUCUUUUUAUCACACAACAUGAUUGUAGUUAAUCUAAAAAAAAAUACACAAGUGAUUUGGUCACGAAGAAAUCCAUCUGAUUUUGAGCACAUAUUGAUCACUUUGUUACAGAUCACAAUUAUUUGCUUUUUUGAUUUUGAUAUAAUAUUUAUUGAUUAUGUAGUGUUGUUUACUUUGCUCAGGCUUUUGCAUGGUGGCAGACAUGACUAUCUUUCUACUUGUUUUCUUAAUUACUUUGUUUUGAAGCAAUAAAAUAUGAAAUAUAU